UUGAAUCGCAAAAGAGACUCUUUGGGGUUGAGGAAAUACAUCCAUGGAACAGAAAGAGAAGAGUCAGUCUUGGAAUGGUGGGAAACAGUGAAAGGAAAUGUGAAGAUUUCCUGCACUACUUCCGAGAAACAUGGAUGCAAGAAUUCUACAAAGAUCUCUGUACUCUCACUCACAGUACUCAUAGACGUGGACCAUCCGCCUCUGAGCGUACUCAUUGAAGCUCUUCGCAAGCUCAACUACGAAGCGAGGGCAGCAUUAAAACGCCUCCAAGAGGACCCGAACAACGCCAAGGAACUUCGAAAACGAGUUCAGGAAAGAAGAGCGAAGAUAGCAGAAGAAAUAAGGCUAUUCGAAGAUAUAUACCGGUUUGGGCCAAAUGAGCAGGAAAUAGAGCGGUUCUGCAGGAAGAUGUCUCGAUACGUCACCGGUAAGGCCAAAUAG